UUGCAUUACCUCGAGUCACGUCUGUAUUGCAUUUGUCUGCCUUUCCCGCACCACUUCACCGCCUUUCAUAUCUAUAUUGUUUUUGAUUUUCAUGAACCCAAGAUGGGGCAACUAUUUAGAAAAUAUUAGAUUAGUGGUCCUGCUAUCAGUUGUUGAGUUGUACCAUUGACACCAUGAACAUGGACACUGAAAUAGAAGAAGAUGAAGUUUCGAAUGGCCCUACACCACCAACAUCUUCUGAGAGUGAAGAGGAAGAGUACACUGUUGAAAAGGUUUUGGAUCGGAGAGAAAGAAAAGGUCGAGUGGAAUACCUUUUGAAAUGGAAAGGAUAUGACGAGGAUGACAACACCUGGGAACCAGAGGAAAAUCUAGAUUGCCCUGCUUUGAUAUCAGUAUUCUUAAAUAAAAGAAAAGAGGAGGAUAAAGAGAGAAGGAAAGAGGUUGAAAGGAUUUUGUAUGGAUCCUAUUGUUCAUCUAAAGAUCGGAAACGUCCUGAAGUGGGCGAAAAUCAGAAAACUAAGGAACAAAGGCAGAAGGAAAUCAAAAACAUGUCAAAAGAUACCGUGUGUUUUCCCAGCCAACCCAUUUUGGAUAGACCUUCAUCCAGCGCCGAAACCCGAAAUUCUGAGUUAGCACAGAAGAGGGAAAAGAGUGCAGGGAUCACUACCAAGGAAAACAACCAUCCUAGAGGUUUUGAUCGGAAGUUCGAGCCUGAAAAGAUUUUAGCGGCAACUGACACUACUGGUGAACUAUGGUUUCUUAUGAAAUGGAAAUCCCGCAACAUACCUGAACUGGUUCCAGCACGAGAAGCUAACUUAAAAUGCCCGCAAGUCGUCAUCAAGUUCUAUGAAGAUCGUCUAUCAUUUCAAGGCCCAUAAAUCGAAGAACCUGAUAAAUAAUCUCCAAUGUACAGGUCUGGUAUUCUUGCUUGACGCAACAUGAAAAAAUCUUCCGAAUUUUGUUUUUCGUGAUUGUUUCCCCAUCUUCAUCAUUCGUUACAUCGUUCUUUGCUCGCUCACGUGGUGAGAACUGAACGUUUCAGAAACGAAUCCGUUUCUGCGAUGCAUGUAGCUGUUUGUCCACCCCAUUUAUCCCUGAACCUUGACAGGUAUUCAGAAUUGACCAAUUAAAUGUUUGCAUUCUAUCCAUCA